AUGGUGAUGUCGUCACCUGAACCAUUUGGACUCCAUGGUGCAGAUCCAGAUAUUCUGCGGAGUUUCCCGAUUGGUAACAACGCGAAGGACAACAUUGUCAUUCCGUUCCCGUGCCAGGGUCUGAAGAAGGCCUCCGGAGUCACUUCGGUCAAGGCCGGCGGCACCACUCGUGUCGACUGGACAGGGUCGGCGGUUCACGGCGGAGGCUCCUGUCAGUUCCUUGUCAACUACGGCGAGACCUACACCUCCGACCCAGCGGACUGGAAAGUUGUCUACACCAUCAUCGGAGGUUGUCCAGCUUCUGCAGUUGGCAAUGUCGAAACACAGGGUGCGGACGCUGAAGGUCGUCCGGACGGUCCUCACUGCGGCAACGACUCUGGCAAGGAGUGCGUCCGGCAGUUCGACAUCCCCAUUCCCAAGGACAUGAAGAACGGAAAGGCGACCUUUGCUUGGACCUGGUUCAACAAGAUCGGCAACCGUGAAUUCUACAUGAAUUGUGCUCCCAUUGAGAUCACCGAUGGGAGUGACGGCGACAGCUUCGCAGACUCACUCCCUUCCAUGUUCGUCGCCAACCUCCCCGGAAUGAACGUCCCUGGAGCAGACUGCACCACAGUCGAGGGUGUCUUCAACAUCCCCAACCCUGGUAACUUUGGUAAGGUCCUUGAGCAGCCCGACCCGGCAGCCAGCGGCACUUGCCCUUCCGCUGGUGUCCCCAACUUCUCAGGUGAGUCCGCCGCCUCUGCUGGAAGCGAUUCUGCCCCAGCAUCCUCUGCAGCGGCCGCCGGCCCGCAAUCUUCUGCCCCGGCAAGCCCGGUGUCUGCCUCCGUUGCCUUGUCGUCCAUCGCAGUGAAGCCCACCACGUUUGCAACAGCCACCAUCGCCACUGCGGCCCAGCCUCCGGCGUCGACUUCAGCCCUCUACGCCCCUGUCUCCGGCUCGGCUGCUUGCACAAACGACGACGGAGUGGUCUGCAUAGAGGCGGGCUACUUCGGCAUCUGCAACCACGGAUCUGCUGUCAAGCAACCCCUUGCGGCGGGCACGAAGUGCGUCGACGCCAUCGCCGGCCUGGCGAUAGAGACUUCGGCCUUUUCGCCAGCGCGCACCAGCGCACCGGCUUUCCACCCACAGCGCGGGGACGAGUGCAUCGCGAAAUAUGCUUUCCUGCACAAGGGGACCCCGCUCGGCGCCGCCGCCGACUGGCGCGGGGCACUCAUCGGGCAUGCUCUGCCGGGCGGGAUCGUGAAGCGCGAUGCAUUUGAGGAGUUGACAGCCGAGAUCAUCUCGCGGCUGGAAACCAUUGUGUCGUCCGCCACUCGUAUGGAUGGUGCGCAGGGUAUCGACGGCCUGUGGUUCGAUAUUCACGGCGCCAUGGUCGUCGAGGGCAUGCUGGAUGCAGAGGCGGAGCUGCUCCGGCGCGUGCGCCGUGUCAUCGGCCAAGACACAAUCGUCUCUGCGUCGAUGGAUCUACACGGCAAUGUGAGUCGGGAGCUGGCCCAUCAGACAGAUCUGAUCACAUGCUAUCGUAUGGCGCCGCAUGAAGACACCAUGGAAACCAAGGAGCGAGCUUGCAGGAAUCUCGUUGAUGUCCUAACCAACAGGCCGGCCGGGUCGCAGCGGCCCAUCAAGGCUUGGGUCCCCAUCCCCAUCUUGUUGCCAGGCGAGCAGACGAGCACGCGAGACGAGCCAGCCAAGCAUAUAUAUGCCGCCGUUCCUGACGUCGAAGAACGUCCCGGGGUUCUCGAUGCGGCGAUAUGGGUUGGCUAUGCGUGGGCUGAUGAGCCGCGGAAUCGAGCAGUGGUAGUCACGACCGGAUGGGAUGAGGAUGCAGUCGCUGCUGGGGCGGAGAAGCUUGCCAGGCUAUUCUGGAAUGCGCACGCAGAUUUCCGCUUCGUUGCACCGACGGGCUCGUAUGCCGAGUGUCUCGAUACAGCUCUGAGGUCAGACAAAAGAGCCUACUUUAUCUCAGAUUCGGGCGAUAAUCCCACCGCUGGAGGUGCUGGUGACGUGACUUGGGGGCUCACACAACUUCUCGCCCGGCCGGAGUUCAAAGACCCCUCCGGGCCCAAGGUCAUCUAUGCUAGCGUCCCGGGUCCGGAAGCUGUCCACGCAGCAGUUGAAGCCGGAGUCGGAGGUACUGUGACAGUCACAGCAGGAGCAGAAGUUGACAAUCUUCAUGCCGGACCCAUCACACUUACUGGUAGGGUGCACUCCAUCAAGCAUGGCGACAGACACGCCAGGAUCGAGGUGGUGGUCCAAGUUGGCAGCGUCUUCGCCAUCCUUACUAAGCUCCGCAAGCCGUACCAUCUCGAGCGAGACUUCACAGAACUGAACCUGGAGCCCCGCAAAGCUGAUAUAGUCAUUGUGAAGAUAGGCUAUUUGGAGCCGCAGCUGUACGAUAUGGCUUCGGAUUGGAUGCUUGGCCUUACACCGGGCGGGGUUGACCAGGAUCUGAAGAGAUUGGGUCAUGAGCAGAUCAGGCGGCCCAUGUGGCCAUUUGACACGACAUUUGAGUCGGAGCCGGACCUAACAGCAAGAAUCAUUCCCAUGUCACAUGAAUUACUUACCGGGCCGGAUGAGUGA